AUGUACGGCGACUUGGGCAAUAAAUUGGUGCAACAUGCUAAACGAACCCAAAACCUUUCGCAUUUGCCAGCGUACCAAGCCGACAUAGUACGCGCCGUCACGCGCGAAGUUCGAGACCUCGAAAAGGAUGUGACGGAGGUUCUUGAACCUUUCCAGGGCUCUUUCGACCCAACCACCAACCAAGCGACAGCCUGCACAGUCCUCGUCAACUAUCUCUCCAUGCGAAGGAACAAGCGAUGCGUUCUCGCAUACCACCGAACUCGGACAGAUAAGCUGGAAGAGCUGGCAUGGAAGGGCAUCGAUGUGCUUGAUCUGGCCGGGCAACAAGUACGAGGCAAUGCGGGAUCAUCAACGGGGGGUCCUAAUGGCAACGCCGACGGCCCUACGAGCAGUCUUAGUCCGCAAGAGGAGGAGUAUGUGAGGCAGUACGGCGAUCUGUUGGCUGCCUACAAAGGGCAAUGGACGGACAUCGAUUUGACGGGCAGCUUGGAGCCGCCGCGAGACCUCUUCAUUGACGUGAGAGUCUUGAAGGAUGCAGGAGAGAUCCAGACCGAAUACGGGUAA